UGGAUUCGGCUCUAGCCUCUGCUAGCGUGGGGGCGGAUUUUGGGGGACCUUCUUUGUUUAGACUCUGCUCGUGCCCCUCGGGUUGUGGUGGUGUUGCCCGGGAGAAAGGAAGGGUGAGGAACCCCCGGCUGGAGAGAGGUGUCGAGGUGGGGGCCCGAGUGGCAGAUUGUUUGCUUGGCCGGUCGGGCGGUGAGGUGUUCUUUUGAAGGUUGAUUUUAUAUUUUUCUAAAUUGUGGCGAAUUUCGAUUUUUGUUUCCGUUGUGGGAGCUGCUUGGGCAUGGCUGAGGUUAGGGUGUAAAUAAGGUCUCCUAGUCACUCCCUUGCCUUCCUUGUUUGUCUAAAAAUAAGAUUGAUUGAUUACUAGAGGGAGGACUUUACAUUUCGUUGGGGUAUUAGAAUGGAGGUCAAGGCUAAGAGGGGUUAAGAAUGUAAUUGUAGAAGUGACAAAAGCCUCUUUCCUGCCCCAGUUAUCUUUUUUUCCCUUUUUUCUUUUUGAAGUUAUUUUUAAGUUAGUUUUUGAGUGACAGAGAGAAAAAUUAUUUGUUAUAACUCACUGCAGGCCUGGCUUUGCAGUGGGCCUUAGAGGAGGAAUUCUGUCUCCUGUUGCUCCCUUUUUUUUGCAAUUAGAGAAGGGACAAAAGGAAGUAACAAUAAUUGUUCUUUAUUGUUUUUAAACAUGACAUGGUGACUUUUGUUUCCAGGCUUAAGGUCCUUCAUAGACAUUUGUCUAGAGUUGAAACAACCUAACUAGAUCUGCCAAAGGCUUUGAUGGAGCUAAAGUCUACAUUAUUAUCAUUUCUUUAGAUUUUUACAGGUCUCUUUAUUCACCUCAUAAGUGUGUGCUGCAGGUUAGGGGAGUGCAGAGGGUUGUCCCUCCAAGGACUGUUUGCUUAAUGAUUUUGAUUCUGAAUUAUUAUAAUAACUGGAUGAACAGAGAAUUUCAGUCUGUGAAAUGAAGAGACAAAGUCUCUGAAAUGCCUUGGGCCUAGAGAUAGUGGCUGUUUUCAAAGGGAGGAGCCUUGCCCAUGAUUUUGAGAAGAAAUUUCUAGGAUCAGAAGUAGCCUGUGUAUCCCCUGAAAUAUUGACUUGAGGUUGGAUUAUAUUGCAGAGCUUCUGACCACUCUCUUUCACUACCAAACCCUUGUGGCUGAGGCCCAACUGAUGAGCCCACCUCAGUGAACCUAUCGGAUCUCUCUCAUAUAGCCAUAAGAGACCCUUUCAAGUUAACUUUGACCACAACUUUGCUUGCACUUUAUGGAGGAUAAAACCAUCAAACCAAAUCAACGUUGCUGCUGACACAGGAAUCUUGGAGGCAGAAAAUUAAAAAUCCCAACAUUCGUGAGUGUGAAGAAUUCUGAUAGGACACCGAAGGUUUGUUUUUGUUUUUGUUUUUUUUUAAGGUGUUCAGAAUCCAGUGAAAGUUCUGCAGUCCUCAGACUCAAAAGCCUUUGUCUUCACUCCUGGGGAAAGCCCAGGGACCGGUCUACGGUGGGUGAUUUCCUUACCAAUCUGAGUAUGAGUGCUCAGACGUCCCCAGCAGAGAAGGGCCUGAAUCCGGGGCUGAUGUGCCAGGAAAGUUACGCCUGCAGCGGGACUGACGAAGCGGUCUUUGAGUGUGAUGAGUGCUGCAGUCUGCAGUGUCUCCGCUGCGAGGAGGAGCUCCAUCGGCAGGAGCGCCUGAGAAACCAUGAGCGGAUAAGGCUCAAACCUGGCCACGUCCCUUACUGCGACCCCUGCAAAGGCACCAAUGGGCAUUCGCCGGGUAUUAGGCAGAGGGCAGCCGUGAGGUGCCAGACCUGUAAAAUCAACUUGUGCUUGGAGUGCCAGAAGAGGACUCAUUCCGGGGGUAACAAAAGGAGACACCCUGUUACUGUGUACCAUGUCACUAAGGUCCAGGGGCUACUGGAGGAAGAAGAGCUGGAUGAGGAGACCAGGAGGAAGAAGAUGACUGAGAAGGUCGUGAGUUUCCUCCUAGUAGAUGAAAAUGAAGAAAUUCAGGUAAUGAAUGAAGAGGACUUUAUUAGGAAAUUGGACUGUAAACCUGAUCAGCAUUUGAAGGUGGUUUCCAUUUUUGGAAAUACUGGUGAUGGAAAGUCUCAUACUCUCAACCACACUUUCUUUUAUGGCCGUGAAGUCUUUAAAACUUCCCCUGCCCAGGAGUCCUGCACUGUGGGGGUGUGGGCGGCAUAUGACCCAGUCCACAAAGUAGCAGUGAUAGACACAGAAGGGCUCUUGGGGGCGACGGUGAAUCUCAGCCAGAGAACACGACUGCUGCUUAAGGUCCUGGCCAUCUCAGACCUCGUCAUCUAUCGAACUCAUGCAGACCGGCUGCAUAAUGACCUCUUCAAGUUCCUUGGGGACGCCUCAGAAGCUUAUCUGAAGCACUUCACCAAGGAGCUCAAGGCUACCACUGCUCGCUGUGGCCUGGAUGUCCCCUUGUCCACUCUAGGCCCUGCUGUUAUCAUUUUCCAUGAGACUGUGCACACUCAGCUGCUGGGCUCUGAUCACCCCUCGGAGGUGCCUGAAAAGCUCAUCCAGGACCGGUUCCGGAAGCUGGGCCGCUUCCCUGAAGCCUUCAGUUCCAUUCACUACAAGGGAACGAGGACUUACAACCCUCCCACCGACUUUUCUGGGCUGCGGCGAGCUCUGGAGCAGCAGCUAGAGAAUAACACCACCCGUUCUCCCCGGCACCCGGGGGUCAUCUUCAAAGCCCUGAAGGCACUGAGUGACCGCUUCAGCGGUGAGAUUCCUGAUGACCAGAUGGCGCACAGCUCCUUUUUCCCAGAUGAAUACUUCACCUGCUCCUCCUUGUGCCUCAGCUGUGGGGCUGGAUGUAAGAACAGCAUGAAUCAUGGGAAAGAAGGCGUCCCUCAUGAAGCCAAGAGCCGCUGCAGAUACUCCCACCAGUAUGACAACCGCGUUUAUACCUGCAAGGCGUGCUAUGAGAGAGGCAAGGAGGUCAGCGUAGUGCCCAAGACAUCCGCUUCCACGGACUCCCCCUGGAUGGGUCUCGCAAAGUAUGCCUGGUCUGGGUAUGUGAUCGAAUGUCCCAACUGCGGCGUGGUCUACCGGAGCCGGCAGUACUGGUUUGGGAACCAGGAUCCUGUGGAUACGGUGGUCCGGACAGAGAUUGUGCACGUGUGGCCUGGGACUGAUGGAUUUCUGAAGGACAACAAUAAUGCUGCCCAGCGCCUCUUGGACGGGAUGAACUUCAUGGCUCAGUCGGUGUCUGAGCUUAGCCUUGGGCCCACCAAGGCUGUGACUUCCUGGCUGACAGACCAGAUUGCCCCUGCGUACUGGAGGCCCAACUCCCAGAUCCUGAGCUGCAACAAGUGCGCUACGUCGUUCAAAGAUAACGACACCAAGCAUCACUGCCGCGCCUGCGGGGAGGGCUUCUGUGACAGCUGUUCGUCCAAGACCCGGCCCGUGCCUGAGCGGGGCUGGGGCCCUGCGCCCGUGCGGGUGUGUGACACCUGCUACGAAGCCAGGAAUGUCCAGUUAGAUGUGACUGAGGCACAGGCUGACGAUGAAGGCGGGACGCUGAUUGCUCGGAAGGUGGGCGAGGCCGUGCAGAGCACUUUGGGAGCCGUGGUGACAGCCAUUGACAUACCACUAGGGCUGGUGAAGGACGCGGCCAGGCCGGCGUACUGGGUGCCCGACCACGAGAUCCUGCACUGCCACAGCUGCCGGAAGGAGUUCAGCAUCAAGCUUUCCAAGCACCACUGCCGGGCCUGCGGACAGGGCUUCUGUGACGAGUGCUCCCACGACCGCCGGGCUGUCCCCUCGCGAGGCUGGGACCAUCCUGUCCGAGUCUGCUUUAACUGCAAUAAAAAGCCCGGUGACCUUUAACCCCAGCUCCCUCUCCGCGUCCUUCACAAUUCCUUAGGUUCUCAGGGUUAGAAACAGAAGUCUCAUUGAGGUCGGCCCUCCUGCCGGGAACCUGUCACAGUGUGUGUCCUCUACUCCUGGGGCCACUUUCCUGGGGUGGGGGUGGGGCAGGUGGCCAGCCGGGGCGAGCCUGGCGGCCGGCCCGAAGGUGUGAGCCCCUCAGCGCGGGGGUCCGGGCAGCUUCCCGCAAAGGGGAAUGAACCUGAAUCCGUUGCGUUUAUUUCAGUCAAAAAUAAUAAAGAUACAAAUCUACGUGUAGAUACAUCUGAAGGGAACGUGGAGCAUAUUCAGGCUGCUGCUGGCUCUGAAGACUUAGCACAGUCUGUCCCCAGCACGGGGACAAGGUGGCCGCGGCCGCAGGUCUUCCCCACAGAACAGAGCCAGGUACAGAGCCACUGUGUCGCUAGUCACCUUUUGCUUCUUCUCUGGGAGCCUUUGAAGCCUCUCCUUUCCUUGCCUUUUCCCAGGUACCUCUUGCUUGGAAUGGCCCGACAGGAAUCUCCGGGGGCCCUCUGGGGUUGGAUCCCUACUCCAGGCCUCGGCUGAUGUCAGUCAUCAGAGACUGCCCAACUUAGCGUGCGGGUCACCGGCAUGGGUGGAGGGCAGGGGGUAGGGUCCUUGGCCCCGAGUACUGGGGAGAGCACGGGAGGAAACGGGCCUUCCCCAGCGGGGUUUCCUGCUUCGUGAUGCUUCUGUGUCCGCUUGGCUUUCCCAGAGGCCGCACCCUGCUCCUAAAUAGAGCACCUGCUUCCUUCCCCUCCGCCCCUGCGAGCCCACCAUCUGCUUCUGAGUGUUGCACUAGGAUUUUUAUUGCUUAUUUUGAAGUGUCUUAAUUCUUUGUUCCCUGAUACAUGUCCCCUCUGGCUAUUGGAGGGGUGAUAACGAGAAUCUUCCAGGGAAACAGCGCUCCGAAUGGACUGUUAGUUGUUUUAAAUAUAUAUAAAUAUUUCAACGGAUCAUUAAGAAAAAAAUUCUCUCUGGUUCUUGCAAGAGAAGUCAAGUGAACUUUUGUUUCUCACCAAGAGCCGGGACAUCCAUCUCUCAUGACUGGAAAGACUGUUGUGCUGAAACCCUGUCAUCGGGGCGGAUUUUAUCUUCAGUGGCCAAACGUGAAGAAUGAAGUGCGACGUAGUUCCUGACAGAGCUGGUGGGUGGGCCGCGCUUCAGGGAGGGACGUGGCAGGCGGCCCUGGCAUGAGUCGGUGUGACGGGAGCCCCGGCACGCGCUGGCCCUCCUCGGACCCGCGUCCUUACGGCCUCCCGUGGCCCAGUGACUCAGGCCCGACUCUCGUACUGUGUAUUCUCAAAUUCGCCAUUAUAAAGGAAUCUUCCUGCUGAA